UCAGCCAAUUCUGACUCGUGUUUCCGGGUUUCACAAUAAAACGCCUCCACUGAGAAACUUUUCGGGUCCUCUUGGGUCUUCUCGUGCGGGUUGAAGUGUGUCUGACGUCAGCGUCUGAACCCGCCUGAUCCUCCUCCAGCACGUGAGCCCGGGUCCGUCAGCAGGUCCAGACCCGCAGUGUCAUAUUCUGCAGAGAGGAUGUCGACCACGUCUCAGAAGCACCGGGACUUUGUCGGGGAGCCGAUGGGGGACAAGGCGGUGACGGCUCUGUCGGGGAUCGGAGAGAUCCUGGGGAGGAAGCUGGAGGAGCAGGGCUUCGAUAAGGCGUACGUGGUCCUGGGUCAGUUCCUGCUGUUGAAGAAAGACUCUGAGAUGUUCACCGAGUGGCUCAAAGACGCCAGCGGAGCGAACUCCCGCCAGGCCGCGUCCUGCGCUCAGUGCCUGAAGGAGUGGUGUGAUGCCUUCCUCUGAGACCCCGCCCCCUCAUCACCUGUGGCUCUGCCCCUUCAGGUUCUUCCCCAGCUCACUCACUUCCUGCUUCUGAGGCUGAACAUCAGAGCUCAUACCUGUGUCUGUCUGUCGCUGCUGCUGUUGUUCAAUGUUGCAGCUUCACCUGGACGGUGACGUGUCGACCUGACAGGUGUUUGUUUGUUUGUUUGUUCAUCAGUUUGUUUCAUUGGAGAACGUUUACAGAAAUAAAAGCUUGUGUCUCAACAGUUUGUGU